AUGUCGGCCCGCCCAAGCCCUGAGCGAGGCGUGAGGGGACAAAGGGCUGCCAAUGUUGAGCACUGCGAACUCCCCAAAAGCGCCCUCCCUCAAGGCGGCGGUACGGGACCUGCACGCCUUCCGCGGCGCGAGGAGUUACCGGCACAUCCCGCUCGCCUACUCGGCCGCCAACGUCCCUCCUCUGCUGCUUCUCACCGCAGAGUACCUCACCUGCACCGGCGGCAGCGGCAGCGGCAGCGGCAGCAGCGCGACCAUCGACUUGCUGGGGCUCAACAUCUUCGAGGCCACGCCGUGCGCGUCAUCCACCUGGACCGCCCUGCGCGCAGCUCGGCGCCGGUCCUCUCCGUCCCCGUCGUCGUCUCCGAGAUCGGCUGCCACGUGCGCAUCGAGACCGGGCAGCAGCAGGGUUCGGAGGAAAGGAGAGGGGGGGGGGGUGAGGAGGAGCAUGAUAAGAGGGAGGAAAACAACCAGUUCCGCGCCGCGGCGACGGUGCUGGGGCCCGGACGUGCGGGAACAUCUUCUCGGGCGUCAGCGUGUAUUAAUUACGAGUGGACCAAGCACGCCGAGAGCGAGUUCGGCGGGGUGGAGUACCUCCGUACGCGGCGGAGGCGGCGGCCAACACCGACGACGGCGACGACGUGACGCCGACGCCCGCGGCCGAGUACGCCGCGUCCCUGUCCUCUUCCCAGACCGCCCUCCGCCCGCCUGCCCGACGCGGGACCAGGCCGAGGGGUGGCUCGUCGACGCGGACGAGCCGCUGCCGACGAUCGACGGGCUGGUGAUUGGCACCGUGACGGUCGAGGAGACGAUUACCGGCACCGGCGGGAGCCCUCUUGGUUCUUUUCUGUUUUGUAGAAACACCCGUGGCAAACCACGUGUCAGUCAAUUGGGGGCGCUCACUCGAAGUUUUGCAACAACAUCGAAGGAUGCACGAGUGGAUCGACCACCUUGGCGGCAACAACUAUUACAAUGCCGACAACAACGACAACAACGACAACAACACGCUUCUAAUAAAUUACGUACACCAAAAGAGAGAAGGGAUUGAACACU